AUGAUCGGCGUCGCAAGGGCUCUGCAGCAGGUUCCGAACAUCGGAUACACCCUGUAUGCGGACGACAUUACGAUCUGGACAAACACCGGCUCUCUAGCCGAGAAGGAAGACACACUCCAAGCAGCAGCAAUCUGCGUCGAAACAGAGGCCAUUCGAUGUGGACUCCACUGCUCCCCCGACAAAUCCGAAGUGAUCCGCAUACAGGGACAUCACUACAAAUCGCCAGGCAACCUAAACAUCCUCCUACAUGGGGUCCCAAUCCGGGAGGUACCACUCAUCCGGAUCCUGGGCCUCUGGCUGCAGAGCGACGGAAAGGCCAACCACACACUCCAACUGCUCAAGACUACAACACAGCAGAUCUCUAAGAUGAUCCGCCGGGUGGCCAGAAACAGAAAAGGCAUGCGGGAGGAGGACACGAUCCGUUUGGUGCAGGCACUGGUCAUCAGCCGCCUUUCCUACGGGCUCCCUUACCUCACCCUGCUCCGAGCAGACUUCAACAAAGUUAAUGCGAUGAUACGCGUAGCCUACAAGAACGCCCUCGGUCUCCCACCGUACACAUCCAACGUCAGCUUGGAAGCUUUGGGACUAAAUAACACGUUCGAGGAAAUUCAGGAGGCGGUCCUCCUGACCCAGAGAGAACGCCUCCUGUCCACAGCGACAGGCCGACACAUCCUAAAGCGCAUCGGCUACCCGGCGGACCUUGACGCCAUCCAGUCGACCACAAACAUUCCGACAUCGUACCGAGCCAGAGUACACGUGGCCCCGCUCCCAAAAAUUAUGUCACAAUCCCACAACGAAGGCAGAAGAAACGCCCGAGUGGACUACCUCAAACGCACAGUGGGACGGAGCCCGAGGACGGUGUACGUGGACGCCGCCCUAUAUAAGGAUGCAUCGAACGCAGCAGCAGCCGUGGUGGUGGACUCUUCUUACGAAGAAGUCUCCAGCAUCUCCAUCCCGCACUGCACCGUCACAGAAGCGGAAGCUGCGGCGAUCGUGCUGGCCGUUCAGUACGGGGACGCGACCAACCGAGAACUUCAAGUAAUAACCGACUCCCAAGCGGCGUGUCGGCUCCUUCUUGCAGGCAGAAUACCUCAGAAAUUAGCUAGGUUCACGACUAAUCCAUUGGCUAGAAAUUCAUCGCUCAAACAUCAGAUCACGUGGGCUCCGGGGCACUCGGGGCUGGAGGGUAACGAGGCCGCGGACAGGCUAGCUCGAGGUCACACAAACCGAGCGGCCACAAUCCUCGAUCCCACUACUACCCUCCCCGUACCUGCGGCUUACGGCGCGCGACUUCAACACUUGCGCAAACAACGUCAGCUUUACCCCCCACCACACAAGGGGCUAAAUGCACAGGAAGCACGGGACUGGAGACAGCUCCAAACCAACACCUUCCCCAACUUACACAAAUACAGCAUUAUCUUCUCAGAACAAUACAAAGACGCAUGCCCAUGGUGCAACGAACGACCCACCGCCUACCACGUCACGUGGGGGUGUACAGGCCCCAAACCGCCAGACAUACAAACACAACAACCGGAGGAGCAGUGGGAGGCCACUCUGUCCAGCCCCGACUUAGCAACCCAGCGCGGACUGGUAAUCCAGGCGAGAGCGGCAGCCAAGGCCACUGGGGUCUUGAAAUGA